AUGCGUCAAGACCUUAUUACUUUCAGUCAUAAUGGUGAAAAAGCUUUUCUCCUAGGAGAAUUCAGCGACUGGAAGAAGUGCCGAGAAAAACUUAAAAAACACUCCCAGUCUAAAUUUCACGCAGAGGCGACUGAGAAAGUUUUAUUAUCUGAUGAUUCGAGAAGAGAUAUUGGAGCGAUAUUGGUCAGUGAAUGGAAGAAAACCCAGGAAACUCGAAGAAGAAUGUUGCUAAAACAACUAAGUAGUAUAAGGUAUUUGGUACGCCAAGCCCAAAGUUUGCAAGGUAAAACUGAACUUGAGAGUAACUUGCAACAGUUGCUAAAAUUAAGAGCAAAGGAUGUACCUGAUUUGUUGGAUUGGAUUGACAACGGAAGAUAUCUCAGUCACGACAUCAUAAACGAGUUGAUUAAUAUGAUGAGCAAUGCAGUCCUGAGAUCUAUAGUGGCAGACAUCCGUAAGGAAUCACAAUUAUUUAGCCAAACUGCAGACGAGUCUAGAGACAUAAGCAACAAGGAACAACUAACAUGUGUUUUGCGCUGGAUACCUAGAACCGACUUGUCCGUCCACGAAAAUUUCCUCGGAAUGUACGAGCUAGAGAAAACCGAUGCUAAAACAAUCACCACUUCGCUGAAGGACAUUUUGUUGCGAUGCAGUUUGACGAUAGACGACUGUCGAUGGCAAACAUAUGAUGGAGCAGCAAAUAUGGCUGGAGGCAGAAGUGGGGUUGCUGCCCGAAUAUCUUCAGAGAAUCCUCACGCCCUGUACAUUCAUUGCGGUAACCACAGUCUUGACUUGGCUUUGCGUGAUUGUGUAAAGGAGAGCUGGAUUAUCAGCGAUACGUUGAAGGCGCAAUACCAGCAUAUUGCCAAAGAGAUUGAAGACAGCGGCACGCAAUAUGAGAAUCUGCAUUUGCUGUGUCCAACUCGAUGGACAGUAAGAACCAAAGCCAUCUCGGCUGUCUUGCACAAUUACGAGGCCCUCUACUCUGCAUUACUUAGCAUUGCCAAAGAAUCUUGCAAGUCCACCGUUCGUGACACAGCAUCCGGUAUGGCUAGCCGAUUGAAGAAGUUUUCCUCGUACUUUGGUUUAAGUUUUGCGCAGUAUAUCUUCAGCGUGUGUGAACAAGUAGCAACUACCUUACAGAAGCCUUCAAUAGCGGCACAAACAACUGUUACUUGCAUAAAUGCCUUAAAUACAACCUUGCAGCGUCAACGAGACAACUUCUCUUUGUUUUACGACCAAGUAGUUGCUUCAAGCAAGGCUAUCAACUUUGUAGGCGAUCCAACACAACCAAGACCGAAGAAAGUCCCGUGGCGACUUCAACACGGAGAUGGCGAGCAACAUCAUUUCCAAACUGCGAAAGACGCCUACCAUGGCCAGUAUGUUGAGGCAAUUGAUGCGUGCUUGGCUUCACUACAGGAGCACUUCGAUCAAAAAACAUAUUCUGUAUUGAUGAAUAUCGAUACCGUGCUCAUUAAUGCAGCAAACGGGCGUAAGUUUGAGUUGAAUGAUGAAGUUGAACACCUUUACGAAAAUGAUCUCGACUUUGACCAGCUGAACGCGGACUUAAAGCUUCUUGAAGAAUUAUCUCGCAGCGACUUCCAGAAGAAAAGAAGGUGA